UUAAAGGGAUUAGUGUUAGUAAUAAUACUGAAAGUGGAAAGCAAACAUCUAUGGCAAAGACAUCUUUCACACUCGUUCUCCCAAUCAUCUUCCUUGUUGUUAUGUUCGCCUUAGUUGAGCAAAAUAUGGGAUGCACGGCAAGUAUGGGACCGUGCGAAAAGGAUAAAAGCUGUAGUGCCAAAUGCAGAGCUACAUUUGGAGAUAAGGCUAAUGGCUUCUGUGAUCGUAGCACUGGUGGAGCUGGAGAAUGUGUUUGCGUCUACCCUUGUCCGCCUCAUCCGGAAUCCCCUAUGUCAUUUCUACUUUGAAAUAUUUUUAGUUUCUUCAAACUCUCUAUAUACUGUAUGUUGAAAUUAAAUGGUUGAAAUAUCCAAAUUAUGCAGUUAAUUUUCUAA